AGACGGAACUCACACGAGGUUUGGCGCAGAAACCAAAUUUCAAUCUUCCUUCAAAUAACGCCCACCGUAAACAUGGAGAAGAAAGAGGCUGUAAACGUGGCACAACAGGUUUUAGCGCUUGACACGCGCUAUAACGCCUGCAGAAGUUUGCCAAGACAGAAUCACAUGCUGUACUUGCGGAGACGGAAUCAGCUGCUGCAGGAGAAUGCGACACGAGGAGGGAGAGAUCCUUCCAUCAGACGAGGCUACCUUCACUUGAGGGCCCAAAUCCUGGCAGCCAAGUAUGGCCACCUUGUCAAGAGCAACUCUCGCAGUACUGGCAGUAUGAGAGGCUCUGGUCGGCAUAGCCUGCAGCUGAGCAUGGAGAGUCUGCCAGUGGUGAGAGAGGGAGGUGGUCGUAGUCCCGGCUCCAGAGACCAUCGCAGGGAGUCUCUGCUCGGAGGUCUGGUCCCAACUCGAUCAGCAGAGGCCAGCCGGGCAAUGGCUGGAGACACAAGUCUCGCGGAGCACUACGCCUUCUGUGGAAUGCAUCACAUCUUUGACAGACACAAAGAUGCAGUAAUAGCAAUCAGGUUUGCCAACGAUGACAAGAGUCGACUUGCCUGUGCUUCUCGCGAUGGAACUCUGUCAGUGUUCAAUGUCUCUACGGAGCCUCCUUCUCUCCUAGCUACCCUCUCUGGCCACCGCAGACCUGUCAAUGAUUUUGACUGGUCGGUGGCCAAUGAGGUGCUGGUCUCAGUAUCGUCCGAUGGGACAGCUAGGCUCUGGGACUCCACUACUGGCAGCUGUCUGCGGGAGAUCAGCGAUGGGAACAGUGGCAGAGCUCUCUGCUGCAGGUUUCAUCCUAACAACAACAACCUUGUGGCCAUUGGCAACAGCAAGUCUCAGGUGAAAGUGUUCAAUGUCUCCACUGGGAAGGCAGUGAAGGGAGGCUCCAGCAAACUGGCCAGUGCCGCCCUCUGUCUGGCCUUUGACUCCACCCACUCCCAUCUCUGGGUGGGGGGACAGUAAGGGAUCGGUGUACAACUUCAGUCUAGACAGUGUCUCUGGCAAACUGCAGCGUCUGAAGAGACUGGUGGUAUCUCCUGGUCAGAUGGUGACCUCCAUAUCGUAUCGGACGUGGGUGAACAGAGAAGCCCGCGAUCCUUCUCUCCUCAUAUCAACAACAGAUGACACUCUGCGUCUGUUCAGACUGCUCCCUGAUGGUAACGUGUACAUGAAGAGGAAGUUUUCCGUACCUCAUCACUCACAUCCAGUGCUCAGCGCCUUCUGCCCUCUCAUGAGCUUCCUCCAGGGGGCAUGCGUGGUGAGUGGAAGUGAGGAUUGCAAUGUCUAUUUCUUUGACGUGGAGACCGGAGCAGUAGUCAACCGACUACAGGGCCACUCUGCUCCUGUCCUUGCUGUCACCUGGACCUAUGAUGAGAGCCUUCUGGCCUCCGCUGACACUGAGGGGACAGUUAUAGUGUGGAAGAGAGAGCAGAAGACACUCAAAAGGACUUGAACUAUGUUAUUGCUGCACGUCUGUAUCACUACUAAAAAUCAUUUCCUGCACACCAGCACACAGUGAAAGACUUCUAUAAUACAGUUGUUAAGGACACACGCUGAGGGAGUGGGGGUGUGGCCUCAUUUCAGACAGACUUUCUGUCAGUCAAUACUCGAACAAUGGAGCCCAAACCACCAGCCGUCACAGCCUUGUCGUGCCAGGAGAGGAGAAUGCCACACGAGUUCUCAGUGGGGCUGGCAAAGCCGCGGUAGAUAUACUUCAUCAGAACAUCCACCUGCUCAGAACUGAGGCUCUUGACCGCCUUCUCCACAUCUGCAGCUCUGAACCGAGUCAGCACAUCCAGCACUACGUUGAAGUUCCUCUCCUUGAGUGCCUUGUCUUUGGUGCUCACUGGAGGGUCUUCAAGACAGACCUUCAGAGCCUCCAUAUUGUUACUAGUGCACUUACGUCAAGGGAAAUACUGGUCUAUACACCGUACACACAGACACUACUACAUAGAGCCAGAGGCGCUGGGUUAUGGAACAGGAUAUCUUUGAGUGAGUCGCUUGACUUCCUGCUCGCGCCGCGCGACCUGGUCCGCCUCAUUGCUAGCUUCACUUGUCUCGGGGUCGUCUCUGUACUUCUCCUCGUCCAACUCGUCCACAUCCACCUUUCGAAAGUCCGUCGACAGAGUGUUCUUCGACAUCUUCUCCUGCUCAACGAUAUUUCUUCUUCGCUCGCUCGUCGAUGAUCGAUGAUCGAUGAUCGAUGAUCGAUCCCGAUCGCAGCGCAGUCACGUGACGGAGGGCACUAAAAAGAAGUC